UUGUGUAUGUGUGUGUGCUGUAGGAUGUCUUGAGUUCAGAGUACAUCAUUAGGAACUUGGUUUGCGAUUGCAUGUGUUUGAGACAAUAAAAUAAUGUAUAACUCCUUACAUUUUUCUCUUCAUAUUUCCUGUCUUAGCACCCUAGCACCAUUGCUAACUUCUUGAUGACCUGGUCUAAAGGGUUUAUCUGAGAGGAUUACAGACCGAAGGAAAAAAAAAAUCUUUUCGAGUGCCAUCUGCCUACCUGGCUAACCUCCACUCUGCUGCAGUCCGCUCCCCUUCACGGCAAAGAAAAUCACUCUAUUAAUGGAAAUAAUCUGAGUCUCUGCCAAUCGUCCUACUCAUCAAACUCAAACAGGGGAACGCACACCACCAUAUAGCUAUUACUGCAGGAGUAGUGUUUUUCAGAUAGACACUUAGGCAAGCUAUUUCCUGUCAACCGCGGAUUUUAUGAUGCUGCUGGACUUUUCGUGGAAAUAUUUUUUACGCAUUUUCAUAAUGGGUUUUUUGAUGGGACCUUUGUGCAUAAAUACAGAUGCGGCUCAAGGAGUUUUCCCUGAAGGUCCAACUGGACAGGAAUCUAAAGAGGAUGCUGGGAUUUUUUUAAACCAGCUGCUUCCUGUGAAACUCACCCAGCCAGUAGCUCAGCAAUCGCUGAUCAAAGACAAAGGUGCAAUUCCCAGAAGAAAACGCAACAUUCUGUUUCCCAGUGGAGUUAGGCUUUGCUCGCAAGACACUAUGCAGCAAGCCGUCGCAAAUCACCUGAACUACUUCCAUGUCCGAGUUUGCCAGGAGACCAUCUGGGAGGCCUUCAAGAUCUUCUGGGACCGCCUACCAGAGAGGGAUGAAUAUCGCCGCUGGAUGUCCAUGUGUCAGGAGGGCACUGUCACAGCCCGGGAUAUUGCCUCUAAUUUCAGCCAAUCAGAGGAGCACCUGUCCUUGGUUCGGAGUAGAAUUUCAUCAACGGAGUUAAGCAGUGAGCCAAUCAACCCAUUGCUACCCGAGUGCAGCGCUCAGAUGACAUCACCCCCUCCAAGUCAAGAUGCUGUCACCACCCAACAAGAUGGGGAUAUCGCUGUUCCUGGACAAGAGUCCUUCAUGGAUGGGGUGGUCUCAACUGCCAUGCCAGACAUUACACAAGGUCUCGCUGUGACAGUUACCCGAGAUGUCUCUGUUGAGGUUGCUGCAGUGGUCACUGUGGAGGGCACUUCAGAGGUUACUGUGGCAACCACUCCAGAGGUCACUUCAGAGGUUACUGCGGCGACCACUCCAGAGGUCACUUCAGAGGUUACUGUGGCGACCACUCCAGAGGCCACUUCAGAGGUUACUGCGGCGACCACUCCAGAGGCCACUUCAGAGGUUACUGUUGCAACAUCUCCAGAGGUCACAGAGGAGGUCACACAAGAGAUUGUGCCUGCGGUCAUUGUAGAAGUCACGCCGGAGGUUACUAUGGCAAUCACUCCAGAGGUCACUGUGGAGACCACACAAAAGGUUGUGCCUGAGGUCGCUGUGGAAGUCACGCCGGAGGUUGCUUUAGGGGUCACCCCAGAGGACACUGUGGAGGUCACUCCAGAGGUUACUAUGGCAAUCACUCCAGAGGUCCCUGUGGAGACCACUCCAGAGGUCACUGUGGCAACCACUCCAGAGGUCACUGUGGCAACCACUCCAGUGGUCACUGUGGAGGUCACACAAAAGAUUGUGCCUGAGGUCGCUGUGGAAGUCACGCCGGAGGUUGGUUUAGGGGUCACCCCAGAGGACACUGUGGAGAUCACUCCAGAGGUCACUGUGGAGGUCACUCCAGAUGUUACUAUGGCAGUCACUCCAGAGGUCACUGUGGAGGUCACUCCAGAUGUUACUAUGGCAGCCACUCCAGAGGUCACUGUGGAGGUCACUCCAGAGGUCACUAUGGAGGUCACUCCAGAUGUUACUAUGGCAAUCGCUGCAGAAGUCACUGUGGAGGUCACUCCAGAAGUCACUGUGGAGGUCACUCCAGAAGUCACUGUGGAGGUCACUCCAGAGGUCACUGUGGAGGUCACUCCAGAAGUCACUGUGGAGGUCACUCCAGGGGUCACGCAGAAGGUCCCGUCUGAGGUUAUUAAGGAAGUUAAGGUGGACACCCCAGAAUUUGUCUCAGAAAUCCCUGCUGAAGUCACUCCAGGAGUAAUUACUGAGGCUACAGCUGCCAGUGUGCAUUUUAAUAACAAGGAGGAUUUGAGCCACAAUGAGAUCGAGAUAGACCUGGACAUGGCGGCCAGACCAGCCCGGCCUGUGGGAGAGCAGGUGGUGGAGCUGAGCAUCCAGCUGAAGGGCGAGCAUUACAGCGAUGCACUGAAGGACCCCUCCAGCUCCCUCUACCAGCGGCUGGCCCGGCAGUUUGCAGAGAAGAUUGAAGAUGUUUUUGAAAAGCUGCCAGGAUUUAAGAGUGUGGUUGUGCUGGAAUUCAGGGAGCACAGGGAUGCCAAAAGGGGCAGUGCUGUGGUGGUCCGAUAUGCCGUAACUCUGGAGGUCGAUGCAGAGGGCAUCAGCAACGAGACCAUGGACUACAUCAACCUGCAGUCGAACAUGGUGGAGAAAUCCUACCUGGAGCUUGAGGAGAGGCCCACUGUGGUCUACACCAUCACGGACUUCCGCAACUACAUCACCGAGGCCCUGCACAAGGAGAGCAUCCUGGGCAACACCACGCUGGCAGUGGACCCUGACUCUCUACAGCUGGAGAGCGUGGAAACUCUCACUCCAUUCUUAAAACCCACCACUGGACCUGCUGGCACAAAUGAAUACAUGGACAACGUUCUUGCAGCAGAGAAGCCACCUGACAUGACCAGCAGGGAACUGAGCAGCAAUGAUGUCUUCGCUGGCCUCAGCAAGGAAGACUUCCUGUUCGACCCGUUCGAUUUGCCCGGCCUUCGUGGGGAGCCACCGAGCAUGGCCGCUGGGGAGAACGAUGUCCUCAUUCUGGAGGAGAGCCUCACUUUACCUCCUCCAGAGUUCAAGGACGAGACCUUUGAGAUGAACCUUGAGUCCGCCUCCAAUUCAGACACAUCUCAAACCACUCCUCCACCUGUUGACCAGUAUAAUGGAGAUAUUGAAAAGGAGGGGUUCCUCUUCAGCAACACUGAACCCUCAAAGAUAGAUAGUACAGUUGUGGAAAAGAGUGCUGAUGUCCCAAGCCUGAGCACAGCAGCGCCCUCUGGAGUUGAGCUCACAGAGAGCAACUUGCCUGCAGAGACCCUGAACACCAGCACCUACUUUGCAACAGCCAUCCCCACUGAGUCAGUGGCCACCCUGCAGGACGAGAAGGCCCUUAGUGACCUGUUUGACAUGGGCUCAGGGUCAGGCUUCUCUGGAGGGGAAAGGGAAUUGGAUGUCUGGCCAUGGUUCAUUCUGACAACAGAGAACCCGGGAGGAUCCACAGCAGAGACAGAUUCGGUGGUCACAGAAGGACCCACAUCAGAGACUGAUGCAGUGGUUAUGGAAGGACCCAUGGCAGGGAUCGAUCCAGUGGUCAUGGAAGAGAUGGAGGAAGAGGUUGAAUUUGAAAUCUACAGUAAGCAACCAGAAGACUUAGAUCUGGAGGUUUCCUCCUCAGAGGAGGAGUAUUACGAAUCCACCAUACAAACAGAAGUUGUCAUAGAGGAUGAGGAACCUGAGCCAAAUGCAGAUCUGAGUGUGGAUGAGCCAUUUUUGGACAGAGUCCUGGUGACCCAGGACAUCCGCACUCACCCCCACUAUACCACCACUGAUCAGGCCCCUGUGUUCUGGACGAUGGGUACUCUGGAGCUUUCCAUGCAGACACUAGAGGCUUCUGGAAUAUAUGAUGACUAUUACGUCAGUGAACCCUCAACUAUGGUCAUCCCGGUCACAGGUUACCCUGUCCUACCCACAGAUGUCACAACCGAGGCCCCAGUGCAGGGAGGACUAACGGUCACCGACUCACAGUCCACUGAUGUCACCUUUGAUGUCCUGGAAACCUCUUUGAUGACCAAGCCACCCGACAUGAUGGCUGUGGAAGUCAAACAUCCUCCAUUAGUCCAGGACAUAUCAUCAUCCUCUGAAAUCGAAACCAAAAUGGAGACGCCCAUCCACGAACAAUCAGAUUCAAGUUUGGACCCCCAUAUUUCACAGGGCUUCACUGACCCCCCUGCAUUUUCAGAGUCCACCAAUAAAGAGGGAGGUACAGAGAUCGAGACAGAGGUAGCAGUUGACCUGCCACCAGAGCCUCCAUCCAUGGGAUCCUCAGAGCAAGAGCUGGCUGAGGGUGAAAUCCAGGUAGUUAUGACAAGAGCACCUGUGGUCAGAGAAUUCCAAAGUCUUCCUAUCCCCACACCACUUUCCCCAGAGAGGGAGUCGCCUUUCACUCGAGUCUUCAACUCUGUGCCUGAAGAGGACGACUCUGUGCCGCUUCAUCCUUCAAUGAUGGACACUCCACCCCCUGACCUGUACUCAAUGGACAAAACCACCAUGGAUUUCUUACCUGAUUACAUGCUCUAUAGUGAAGUCACUCCUGCUUCACCUGAAGAAACACCUGAGAAAACACGUGAGGCCACAUUGGAGGAAGCUAAUAACUUGGAGAUCUUUGAAACAGAUGUAGCGCUCACCAUCCUUCCACCAUUUUACAGACCAACCUUCAGACCCACUGAGGGCUUGCUGGACAUAACCACACCUGCUGAAGAGGGUGCUGGUGACAUCGGCAUCAUGCCAGAACCUGGUGCCUCUGACUUCUCCAGGAUUCAGGAGGGCCAAGAUGGUGCAGAAGUGCUGGAGACACACAGGCCAGACUCUCUAAACUGGGACCUGGACCUGUUCUAUGACUCAUAUGACGUACUUCAGUAUGCUGGGGCAGGCCACCCGGAGGGUGAAGGCAGCAGGGACCCCGCCAGUAUUGCUCAAGAAACUGACAUGGCUAGUGUUGCUAUGCCCACUGGUAGAGGAAGGGCACUGACGGUGUUCUUCAGGCUUAGGGUCACGAAUAUGAUGUUCUCUGAGGACCUCUUCAACAAGAGCUCCCCUGAAUACAAAGCACUGGAGCAGAGAUUUAUGGAGCUGCUGGUCCCCUACCUACAGUCCAAUCUCAGCAACUUCCAGAACCUGGAGAUCCUCAACUUUAGGAAUGGAAGCAUUAUGGUGAACAGCAGAAUGAAGUUUGCGAAACCGGUGCCCCGUGAUGUCACAAACUCUGUCUACCUCAUCCUGGAGGAUUUCUGCCACACAGCCUACCAGACCAUGAAUCUCGCCAUCGACAAGUACUCUCUCGAUGUGGAGUCAGGUGACCAGGCGGACCCUUGUAAGUUCCAGGCAUGUAAUGAGUUUUCCCAGUGCACGGUGAACCCCUGGUCGGGCGAGGCGGAGUGCGUCUGCAAUGCGGGCUACUUCAGCGUGGACGGCCUGCCCUGCCAGAGCAUCUGCGAUGUGCGGCCAGACUUCUGCCAGAACGACGGGAAGUGCGAUGUCAUACCUGGCCAGGGCGCCAUCUGCAGGUGCCGAGUUGGGGAAAACUGGUGGUACCGUGGGGCACACUGUGAGGAGUACGUUUCAGAGCCGCUGGUGGUGGGUAUUGCCAUUGCCUCUGUGGCCGGCUUCCUGCUGGUUGCCUCGGCGAUCAUUUUCUUCCUGGCCAGGACAGUGCGGGACCAGUAUGACAAGGAGGACCUGGAGGACCCGCUUAGCCAUGGUGACAGUGUCCCUUCGCUGGAGAGAGCCACUAAGUACAACCACAUGUACGACAACGACGUAACGUCUGAGUGUAGCCGCGACUACCACCAUUACCCAGAGGAACCCUGCUACAGUGCGGCCAGCCUAGAGGCCUCCACUGACUUCAGCAGCGAGGAGAUCCGACACAUCUACGAGAACACUGAACUCACAAAGGAGGAGAUUCAGGAUUGCAUACGAAUAAUUGAGCUGUAUUCCCGGGACCGUCAGUUUGCGGAAUAUGUACGGCAGCAUCAAGGGGCACUGGACGGCUGGAGGGAGAGCUCCAGCUCAUAGGUGCAGGAUCCAAAACCAGGUCCUGUGAACAGCCAGAACCAUGCCUUCAUUGUUGAAGAGAGAGAGAGAGGGAGGAAGAGGGAGGAAGGAGGGAAAAGGAACAGAUCCUUGGGUGCUUUUUCCAUGUCUGCUGUUGCCAUUGUACUUUGACUAGAUGUUAGAGAAUGACUAGAGAUGGAUGAAUAUACUGAUGGACCAUUGUGACUCGAGGGACAUGGUCAUAAUCACAUUUGUCAAUGACAAUAAUUUGUCAUACUCUGUUCCGUUUGAUAUUGUUCUGUUUGAUAUUGACAAUGAAGUGUACAGUAAAAUGGUUUUUAUAGAUGGGGUAAAAAAGAAAUGCUGCUUUGUCAGUCAUUACUUUUAUCUGGUUCUGUUAUACACAUACACACACACACAAAAACGCACGCACACACACCUGGUUCUGUAUUUUGUUUGCAGAAUUUUUGUUUUAGCUAUUGGGGAGGUGGAUUAACGUGAGGUCAUCUUCAGUCAGUGCCUUCAUUGGUUCAGUCUGACCUGUGGUAGAACCCUGCUGACCUGUAGUAGAACACUACUGAAAGUCAGGGUUCUCCCCAGCACAUCAGAGGAGAAUCCUCUACUCUGCCUGACAUGAACACACAAAAAAACCAACAAAACAAAAUAAUUGCUUAAUUGCAAAUGAUUUAGGAUUUAAUUUGAAUUGUAGUAAUUUCUUCUUAAAAGUAAUAAUUUUAAUACAUAAAUGUUGAACUGAAUUUCAUUAUUAGAUAUUUGUAUACAGCAGGUAUAGCAUGGGGUAUUUGGAAACCUUCUGUUGAAGUGCAAAUUGCCUUGCUGAAUCAAUGGAGUGAAUUAUGAUACUAAAUGUGGUGUACAGAAUUUUGAGUAGGGUGCUUAAGUGAAUUAGGACCAGACCUAUUCUUUUGUUUGUCUAUUUUAGCAUACCUCUUUGGAUGUCUGAAAUGUUGCGUACGUACAUGUA